UGUCGUCACGAGAAAACGCCCAGGCACGUCGCGCGCGCGGCAGCGGAGCACUGCGGGGCACAGCGGCUGUUGCUCGGGGAUGAUGUAAUGUUGCUCCGGAUGGCGGUGUGCGCCAGGCUCUGCGGAGCGGGACAGUCGCGGCGCUGCAGGCGGCGGCAGAGGCACAGCCAGCCGCAUCGGGACAGCGACUCUGACAUGGACAUGGACGAGGAGGAGGAAGAGGAGAGGGUCGUGGGCAAACCGAAAGACGAGUCCGAUUGCGGCAGCAGCUGUCACAGCAGCGGAGCCGGUGUCCUCGGGCCGCCGCGCCCGCAGUCACUGCUGGAUCUUCCGCCGGAGCUCCUGGUGGAGAUCUUCUCCUCUCUGCCCGGCGCUGCGCUGCCCAACCUGGCGCUGGUGUGCAAGAAAUUCAGGCAGAUCCUGAACACGGAAACGAUCUGGAGGAGGAGAUGUACCGAGGAAUUCGGUAUGAGAGAUGACCUGCGGAAGAUGGAGAUCGUGGGCAUGUCGAGCCGAGAUCUGUAUGUGAAACGUGUGAACCCGCAGGUGAAGUCGGGACGCUUUAUGAAGCUCCUCCCUGAUUAUGAGCACAUGGACUAUCGGGACGUGUACACACACUUGUUAUAUCCUUAUAGAAACAUCCUGGGUCUCUGGCAGCCUGAUAUCGGGCCCUAUGGAGGACUGCUGAACGUGGUGGUUGACGGGCUGUUCAUCAUUGGCUGGAUGUAUUUACCGCCCCAUGAUCCCCGUGUGGAGGACCCCAUGCGUAGACGGCCGCUCUUCCGCAUUCAUAUGUGGGAGAAAAACAAAGCCAUGGUAGAAUGCAUGUAUGGACACAAGGGCCCUCAUAAAGGAGACAUCCAGACUGUGAAGAAAGAUGAAUUUUCCACCAAAUGCAACCAGACCGAUCACCAUCGAAUGCCUGGAGGAAGGCAAGAGGAGUUCAGAACGUGGUUGGAGGAUGAAUGGGGAAGAACACUGGAGGACAUUUUCCACGAGCACAUGCAGGAGUUGAUCCUCAUGAAGUUCAUCUACACCAGCCAAUACGAUAAUUGCCUGACGUACCGGCGGAUUUAUCUGCCCCCGUGCCUCCCGUCAGACCUGCUGAAGCCGGGCCUCUUCAAAGGGACGUACGGCAGUCACGGCCUGGAGAUCAUCAUGCUGAGCUUCCACGGCUCCAAGGCCAAAGUCACCAAACUUACCGGUGACCCCAAUGUCCCAGCAGGUCAGCUGACGUUAGAAAUCGACCUGAACCGGCCGCUGCGUCUGCCGGACCUGGAGCACCAGCGGAGCAUGGAAGAGCUCUCUCGUCUGGUGCUGGGGGUGCACGAGGAGGUCCAGAGGGGUCUCCAGGCCCGGGACGCCCCACCAGAGCCUGCGGAGGCGGCAGAGGGCUCAGAUACGGCUCCCCCUGCUGGAGCGGAGGACGUGGAACCGGGAGCUGCUGCCUGCAGCUCUGCAUCUGAAGCGCAGCCGUUUGUGCUGCCUCUGGGAGUCAUGGCCCGUAAUGAAGUGUAUCCUCGCACCUGCAAGAUGUGUUUUUAUGGAACAGGCCUGAUCGCCGGCCACGGCUUCACGAGUCCAGAGCGCACGCCGGGGCUGUUCAUCCUGUUCGAUGACGACCGCUUUGGCUUCAUCUGGCUGGAGCUCAAGUCUUUCAGUCUGUACAGUCGGCUGACCGACCAGCUGUCCCACGCUCAGGCCCCCAGCAUGGAGCGCUUCGAGGCCAUGCUCCGCAACAUGCAGUCAUGGACAUCCUGAUAGCAAACCUCACACUACCUUUCUCAUCAGGCACAUCCUCUGCUGACACACACACACACACACACACUUCUGCUCGCAUCCGCACAGGUGUAUUAAAGCCACAUGCCCAUACAGUAUUUAUAUCAGGCCUUUCUUAUCAGCUUUUUAAUUAAUUUAUUUUUGUAACCUGGAAAUGGCGAUGAAGACAACAACAAUGUGAACAUCCGCAUAUUAAUAAUCUUAGAAGUGUUUGUCCUCAGUGUGGCAACAUCUGCGGUUGCUUUUAAAUUAUUUUAUUCAGUUUAUUUCUUUAGUUAUAUUAGAAGUCCACACCAUAUUUGGAAAGACUUCAAUUUUUUUUUCCGCCAGUGUUCACUGAAAACCAAUGACUUCCAGCCGCUUUGUCACUGCAAAUGUUGUCAGUUUUAUCACAUCCGUUAACAUGUACACUAAAAAAAGACAAAUUUUCUUAUUUAAAGGAACAGUUCACACAAACAUCAAAGUUUGAUGAAGACUCUCCCCCUCAGGUCAUUUAAGAUGUAGAAGAGUUUGUUUCUUCAUCAGAUGCCGAGACAUUUAGAAUUGCAUCACUUGUUCACCAGUGGAUCCUCUGCAGUGAAUGGGUGCCGUCAGAGUCAGAGUCCAAACAGCUGAUGGUUUAAAAAACAAUGGAUUUAUUUCUUAAAAACGUGCAGCUUUUCACUUCACCAGAUGUUAACUGAUGGACUGUAGUGGUGUGGAUUACUGGUGCAUUAUUUUCAUGUUUUUAUCAGCUGUAUUGGACUCUCAUUCUGACGGCACCCAUUCACAUUCACAGCUAAAUUUCUUCCAAUCCGUUCUGAUGACGAAACAAACUCAUCUACAUCUCAAAAUGGCCUGAGAGUGAGUCAGUUUUCAGCAAAUGUAAAUUUUUGGCUAAACUUUUCCUUGAAUUUAAAGCUAUCAUACUGUUAAAUUUCCAAGCGAAUAGCUAAUUGGUUAGCCAGCCGACUUCACGACCACGACGACUGUCUCAUGUUCACAUGAUAGUGAUUCUGUUCCUCUAGCUGUGCAGCUCUCUUCCAAGUGCUCUUCCCUUCGCAGCGUACACGUUUAUCGGAGGCAGAAUUACUCCGGCUAUACUUUUGUAUUUGACUGCAGCAUUACUAGCAUUUAAAAAAAGGGGAAAAAUAAGUAUAAUGUAAAGUGAAUAUAUAUGUAAAUGCAUUGAAAGUAUUUAAACAUGUAUCAACACAUUCAGCUUUGUUUUAGGGAUGAUUGUAUAUUGAUCGAUGAACUAAUUUAAGUAUAUCGCCUGUGUUUACUUGUUUAAAGUGUAAUAUUCUGGUAGAAAUGGCUGUUUUCGUGGACUGAUAUCCUACAACUAUUGAUAUUAUUCUCAAUAAGAUGUCAUUUCAGCAGUUUAUAUUGGCUCUUAUCAGGCUUUGUGCAAUUAAUAACUCAAAGUCUACCCUGUUGACUUCAGUUUCUCACUUCCCAAUGAAUUAAAUCAAGUUUUGCCCCAUUUUUCAUCGCCAUGAUUCAUUGAUUCACAGGAUUAAGCCGACUUCAAUCUGAGUUUCUCUCCAUUAUUUAUCUAUAAUUAUAAUUUAGCAAAGCACUGUGCCUAAAACUGUAAUUUGUACACUUGUGUUGUACAUUUGUAAUUUCCUUAUUUUUAAUUUUGUACUUGUAUUGGAAGUGAAACAUGAGUUCUCAGUAAGUGUGAUUAUUUUAUGUGUAGCAAAACCGCUCCAUUAGCGAGUCAAGCAUCCAAUACAGGUCUUUAUAUUUGAUGUUAAUCUGCUGUUUGAAAUUAUUUUUUUUUCCUCAAUCAGAAUAUUGUCAAUAGUUGAAUUAUUGUCAUUCAUGUAAAUUUGCCAGUUAGAAAAUGUCAAAGCGCAAAUUCAUGACUAGUUUGCACACGUUGCAUUCAAAUUCAGGGAGGUUUGCAGCUUUAGCCUUCGUUUGUUCUCAAUAAAAUGGAGGAAAAACUUGAA